GCUUCCUGAUUCACGUAUCGUGCGGGGAACUGGACCGGGCCUCUCGCACGUCAUCCUGAAAAUGGUUGGUGUAUGGUGUAUCCCUUGGGCCGACUGGUUUCCUCAUAUUAGUAGAACGUGACAAUACUUAGCGGUGCAAGAACAGAUAGUAUCUCAGGUUGACUUUUCGUCACACUUGUAUUGUCAAAUUCUAUCUCUAAUCAUAAGAAUAUACCUUUCUCAUAAAAUCAGAGGCAAGCCUAAAAAGGGAAAAUGGCACAAGCAGCCAAGAGCUUUCGGCAAACUGUCGGCGUGCCGCCCUCAACGGCAUCCACCAGCGACAGCACCCUAGUCAUCAUCGACGCUCAAAACGAGUACGCCACGGGCCUCCUGAAGACAGAAGACGUCGAGAGCACCCGGGCAGCCAACGCCGCCUUACUCGAGAGAUACCGCGCUGCCAACGCGCCAGUCGUGCACGUGGUCCACAAGACCCCCGUCUUCACGCCCGGCACCGCGCUCGCUGACGAGUUCGACGAACUCAAGCCCAAGGACAGCGAAAGCCUCCUGGUGAAGCAGGCGCCCGGGUCCUUCACCGGAACCGAGCUGCAGGAGAUUCUCGAGAAGACGGGGCGCAAGAAGGUCGUUCUAACGGGAUACAUGGCCCAUGUCUGCGUCUCUACGACUGCGCGCCAGGCCGCUGAGAGAGGGUGGGACGUCAUCAUUCCUAAAGAUGCCGUGGGCGACCGCCACAUUCCCGGCGUGGAAGCUGCGGAGCUAGUUCGUGUGGCGCUGAGUGAGAUUGGCGAUGCGUUUGGCACUAUUGUCGAAAGCAAGGAGAUUUCAUGAUCGGGAUGAUUCUGUCUACAUGUAAAUUACAUGUGCAAGUUUUCAUUUAGUAUGAGAAUUUCAAAGGUCAUCGCGUGAGUGGCUUCCCAUGUUGAAACUACGGAAUGCCGCGUCGCUGAAGGCGAACCACAUACUAGGCACGUCCUAGAAAUAGCUUCACUAAGGCGGCGCUUUAGUUGAGAUUGUUAUCACAUUUACUUGACAUCCAAUCUAUUAAGCAUAAUUAUAUCCCAUAAA